AUGGAGUGGACAAAUGAUUUUACUAUCAAGUUUUUGGAAUUUUAUCAGAGCGAACCUUGUUUGUGGGAUCCCUCUGACGAAAAUCAUAAAAGAAAGGAGAAAUUAGCUGACGCCUGGAAUCGAAUCUCUGAAUCUACAGGCAAAUCUGUGGCAGAAUUAAAGAAGAAAAAGAUUCUUCAAUGGCCACCUUCCGGGGUCACUUAA